AGAAAAAGUAAGCCACAGCCAGCACCGCAGACUGGAGGAGUCUGCAGUGUGCCUAACGCGUAUUAGAGGGACCGAGGCGGGGCGGGGCUGGCGAAGCGCGAGGACCCGGGGCCGAGGUGUGGGGCUGACCAUAGAGUGCCGGACGCCGGUGUGAACAUACACUAUCUGCUCCUGUAGUGCCCAGGCCCGUGCCGGGGAGUCCCCGGAGCUACCGUUAUCGAGACUCUCAUUCCUAUUGCCCUGCGGCUUUAAUCUUUCGAGUGUAGGGGAAAAAUUGAACCCUAAAGACAGGCAGCUCCUAGGCACCAGCACAGGAAAUAAGCAAUGGAGGUGGGGUCCUUUGCUCGCGCCGAAAUUCAAAGGAAUAAAUAGUUCCGGCGCGGGUGUUGAGAGCGGUGUGGCAGGUGUAGCCGCUAUGGUGAAGUUCGCUUCGUAGCGGCCCCGGCUAGAGAGUUGGCCUGUUCCCUGCCUUUGUGACCCGGAGGAGCUUUUGGGAACUGGUUUGUGGCCUGUUUGAUUCCUGUCAGAGGUUUGCUGACCCAAGACAGUAUCGAAAAUGCAUAUUAAGUCAAUUAUUCUAGAGGGAUUCAAGUCCUAUGCUCAGAGGACCGAAGUCAAUGGUUUUGACCCCCUCUUCAAUGCUAUCACUGGCUUAAAUGGUAGUGGGAAAUCCAACAUAUUGGACUCCAUCUGUUUUUUGCUGGGCAUCUCCAACCUGUCUCAGGUUCGGGCUUCUAAUUUACAAGAUUUAGUUUACAAAAAUGGGCAGGCUGGUAUUACCAAAGCCUCUGUGUCAAUCACUUUUGAUAAUUCUGACAAAAAGCAAAGUCCUUUAGGAUUUGAGGUUCAUGAUGAAAUCACAGUAACAAGGCAGGUGGUUAUUGGUGGUAGAAAUAAAUAUUUAAUCAAUGGAGUCAAUGCCAACAACACCAGAGUACAGGAUCUCUUCUGUUCUGUUGGCCUUAAUGUUAACAACCCUCACUUUCUCAUCAUGCAGGGCCGAAUUACAAAAGUAUUGAAUAUGAAACCUCCAGAGAUUUUAUCCAUGAUAGAAGAAGCAGCUGGAACCAGGAUGUAUGAAUACAAAAAAAUAGCUGCACAGAAAACUAUAGAAAAAAAGGAGGCUAAGCUGAAAGAAAUUAAGACGAUACUUGAAGAAGAGAUUACUCCAACCAUUCAAAAAUUAAAAGAGGAAAGAUCGUCCUACUUGGAGUACCAAAAAGUAAUGAGAGAAAUAGAACAUUUGAGUCGUUUAUAUAUUGCUUAUCAGUUUUUGCUGGCUGAAGAUACCAAAGUACGCUCAGCUGAGGAAUUAAAAGAAAUGCAAGAUAAAGUUAUAAAGCUUCAGGAAGAAUUGUCUGAGAAUGAUAAAAAAAUAAAAGCACUUAAUCAUGAAAUAGAAGAAUUGGAAAAAAGAAAAGAUAAGGAAACUGGAGGUAUACUUCGAUCUUUAGAAGAUGCUCUUGCAGAGGCUCAGCGAGUUAAUACUAAAUCUCAAAGCGCAUUUGAUCUCAAGAAGAAAAAUCUGGCAUGUGAGGAAAGCAAACGCAAAGAGCUGGAAAAAAAUAUGGUUGAGGACGCGAAAACUUUAGCAGCAAAGGAAAAAGAGGUUAAAAAGAUAACAGAUGGACUGCAUGCCCUUCAAGAAGCAAGUAAUAAAGAUGCUGAAGCUCUGGCAGCUGCACAGCAGCACUUCAAUGCUGUUUCCGCUGGCCUGUCCAGUAAUGAAGAUGGAGCAGAAGCAACUCUUGCUGGUCAAAUGAUGGCCUGUAAAAAUGAUAUAAGUAAAGCUCAGACAGAAGCCAAACAGGCUCAGAUGAAGUUGAAGCAUGCUCAACAGGAAUUAAAGAAUAAACAAGCUGAAGUUAAGAAGAUGGAUAGUGGCUACAGGAAGGAUCAAGAAGCUCUAGAAGCUGUAAAAGGACUUAAAGAAAAACUUGAAGCUGAAAUGAAAAAGCUAAAUUAUGAAGAAAAUAAAGAGGAAAGCCUUUUGGAAAAGCGCAGGCAGCUGUCUCGUGAUAUUGGUAGAUUGAAAGAAACAUAUGAAGCUCUAUUAGCCAGAUUUCCCAAUCUUCGAUUUGCAUACAAGGAUCCAGAGAAGAACUGGAAUAGAAAUUGUGUGAAAGGACUUGUGGCUUCUCUGAUUAGUGUGAAAGACACUUCUGCGACCACAGCUUUAGAAUUAGUGGCUGGAGAACGACUCUACAAUGUUGUAGUAGACACAGAAGUUACUGGUAAAAAGCUACUAGAAAGGGGGGAACUGAAACGUCGAUACACUAUAAUUCCACUCAAUAAAAUUUCAGCCAGAUGUAUUGCACCAGAAACUCUGAGAGUUGCUCAGGAUCUUGUUGGCCCUGACAACGUUCAUGUGGCUCUUUCCCUGGUUGAAUAUAAACCAGAACUUCAGAAAGCAAUGGAGUUUGUCUUUGGAACAACAUUUGUUUGUGACAAUAUGGAUAAUGCCAAAAAAGUGGCCUUUGAUAAGAGGAUAAUGACUAGAACUGUAACUCUCGGAGGUGAUGUGUUUGAUCCUCAUGGGACAUUGAGUGGAGGUGCUCGAUCCCAGGCAGCUUCUAUUUUAACCAAGUUUCAAGAACUCAAAGAUGUUCAGGAUGAACUGAGAAUCAAAGAGAAUGAGCUGCGGGCUCUAGAAGAGGAAUUAGCAGGUCUUAAAAACACUGCUGAAAAGUAUCGCCAGCUAAAACAGCAGUGGGAGAUGAAAACUGAAGAGGCAGAUUUAUUACAAACCAAGCUGCAGCAAAGCUCAUAUCACAAGCAACAAGAAGAAUUAGAUGCCCUUAAAAAAACCAUUGAGGAAAGUGAGGAGACUUUGAAAAACACUAAAGAAAUCCAAAGAAAAGCAGAAGAAAAAUAUGAAGUAUUGGAAAAUAAAAUGAAAAAUGCAGAAGCUGAAAGAGAGCAAGAACUGAAAGAUGCUCAGAAAAAACUGGAUUGUGCCAAAACAAAGGCAGAUGCAUCUAGCAAGAAGAUGAAAGAAAAACAACAGGAAGUUGAAGCUAUCACUCUGGAACUGGAAGAGCUCAAGAGAGAGCAUACAUCUUACAAACAACAGCUUGAAGCUGUAAAUGAAGCUAUCAAAUCCUAUGAAAGUCAGAUUGAAGUAAUGGCAGCUGAGGUGGCUAAAAAUAAGGAGUCAGUAAAUAAAGCUCAAGAAGAGGUGACCAAGCAAAAAGAGGUGAUAACAGCCCAAGACACUGUAAUUAAAGCUAAAUAUGCAGAAGUGGCAAAACACAAGGAGCAAAACAAUGAUUCUCAGCUUAAAAUUAAGGAAUUAGACCACAACAUCAGCAAACAUAAACGGGAGGCUGAAGAUGGUGCUGCAAAGGUAUCCAAAAUGUUGAAAGAUUAUGACUGGAUUAAUGCAGAGAGACACCUCUUUGGCCAACCCAAUAGUGCCUAUGAUUUCAAGACUAACAACCCUAAAGAAGCCGGUCAGAGACUUCAGAAGUUGCAAGAAAUGAAGGAGAAACUAGGAAGAAAUGUCAAUAUGAGAGCUAUGAAUGUAUUGACAGAAGCUGAAGAGCGAUACAAUGACUUGAUGAAGAAGAAGAGAAUUGUAGAAAAUGACAAAUCCAAAAUUCUUACAACUAUAGAAGACCUUGACCAGAAGAAAAACCAAGCCCUAAAUAUUGCAUGGCAAAAGGUGAACAAGGACUUUGGGUCUAUUUUUUCUACUCUUUUGCCUGGUGCUAAUGCUAUGCUUGCACCACCAGAGGGUCAAACUGUUUUGGAUGGUCUGGAGUUCAAGGUUGCCUUAGGAAAUACCUGGAAAGAAAACCUAACUGAACUUAGUGGUGGUCAGAGGUCUUUAGUGGCCUUGUCAUUAAUACUGUCCAUGCUUCUCUUCAAACCUGCUCCAAUUUAUAUCCUUGAUGAGGUAGAUGCAGCCUUGGAUCUUUCUCAUACCCAAAACAUUGGACAGAUGCUGCGUACUCAUUUCACACAUUCUCAGAAUAAAUUUAAGAAAAAUACCUGUAUGAGCAGUAUGUACAACGUGAAUGUUACCUUAAAGAAGAACCUCAACCAUGUGAAGAGAGGAUUCAUUGUGGUGGUGGCGGUUUUGGCAUUUCAAGUAAGCUCACAGGAAAUGCAAAGCAAAGACAUGAAAUUUUCUCUUCCAAUAGGGUGGCAUAAUCUAAAGGCCAACAUUCCCACAGAUGAUAAACAUAGAUUCUGGGCAAAAUACUAGAAACAACUACCUGAGAGUUCAGGAAACAAGAAAAAAUAGAAAGAUUUUGGAUGGGAGAUAAAAUACGGAGGAAGAGACAGGCACAAGCUAAGGUUAAUGUUUUUAACCUAAGUACCAGCUAUAGUCAUGAUGCAGCUGUAGGACAGCUAAGGCUGCAGUGGAAGCCUGGGGUCUUUCUGGUCUGGAGAACUAAAAGAUGGGAUCUGGGCUAACCACAGCUUCCAGAAAGUGAAGGAGAUGUCUCAGAAGGGAUAAACGAGGACCUGGAGAAAGAGGUCCCCAGACUUACUAGAUGAAGUCAGCCAAAGUAAUUAACCUCUGAACUCUGUAGAUACAGAACAUGUCAAAGAUAAAGCCAGAUACUAGUUAAAACAGUAAGGAUAGAUUUAAAUCAGUAACAUACUCUUGCAAUAAGAAGAGUCCAGUAUGAACUGAACUCAAUUUUGAUUUGUAUUGAGGUGACUGGGUGUCUUAAAGGGAGAAUGAGGGAAUAGAGGAGGAUAAGUGGGGGCUUAGAGUCGGGGAUAUAAACAGGAAAGGGAAUUGGUUGAUGUGAAACCCAUUUAGAUUUGUUAACUGGCUCUAAUGCCAAGGUAGGCUCUUACCCGCCCACAGAGACUGGGACUCUACCUUCAAGUGUUGGUUGGAAGAAACAGUAAACUCUUAGCAACCUUGAGUUUUCUCAGGAGUUGACUUUCAGGAGGAGGAUAGUCAACCUAUGGAUGUGGCUUUGAGCUGUUAGAAACUGCUAGUGUUUUUUUCAGAUCUUUACAGGCAAAGGUUUAUUUAGACGUAGAAAGGGCUCAGAGGAACCUGGCUAGAACUUCAUCAAAGAGAAUCUUUGUGAAACAGACAAGCAGUUUGCAGUUUACCCUAAUAAAAUUGAAUUGUGAUUUGAACUGCCACCUGCAAGACCGUUCCCUAGGUGACCUUGGACUAACACACUUCUCCCCACUUCUCACUAGUUGUCAAAAAGAACAGCCUUGCUAUCUGGUCAGGUGAAUGACAACCAAGUGGAAAAAGAUCUGUGGGGUUACAAGGAGUAUGGCAAAAGGUUGCUAACUGGCAAGGACAAAUACAUGUCACCUGUGGAUACUGGGAAUACCAUAGCCACCUUUUAGGGAAACUUAAAUUAUGUUUUUGGAUACCGUGUAAAACUUUGCAGUGACAAGGAACCUCCUUUACUGCCCAAGGAACAUGACAGCAGGCACACUCAUGGAAUACAAUGGGUUUUCCAUGCACCCUGUCAUCCUCAGUCCAAUAGAGCUGUUGAACAAUGGAAAGCCAGCUCACAACGAGUGAAGGAAGGACAUCAAGAUAGCCUACAAGUGGGGUGGUACCACCCCAUCCGAAUACAGCAGUAUGGACACUGAACACUGUGCUCCAGGGCAAGGGAACCACAUGAUUGCAGCACAUGUUGAGAAGCACUGAGCUUGGAGGUGGAGGAGGUACAGGUGGACCAGAUGACAGCCUCUGCCUGUGAAAUCCAAAUUCCAGUGUUCCCAGCCAUUUUCUCUUUUUAGAGUGCACAUCCUGUGGGUGGUUUGCAGUUAAGGCUGCCACAGUACCCCAAAAGGCCCCCCUAACUCUUAAUCUGGAGUCAGCGUUUCCCUCAGGUGCACUCCCUGUGGGAUCCCUCAAGGGUGGAAACAGGACCAAGAAAUACCAGGAUGCUAGAGUCCCUCUAAUAGUGCCAGGGACAUCUGAUCCUUCCAUUUAGCUGGGCAAUGUCAGACAUGUCAUCAUUCAAGAAGUGACUUCCCUUCCUGGACUGGAUGGCUGAGGCUGAAAUGUCUGAGGCAUUUCAAGGGUAGUACCACAGGAUAUGGUAAUGUUUAUAGUAUACAGUGUGAUGUUUUGAUAUUUGUAUGUUAUGGAAUGAUUACCACAAUCAAGCUAAUUAACAUAUCUCACAUAAUUACCUUUUUGUGUGUAUGGUGAGAACAUUAAGAUGUAUUCUUCUGGCAAAUUUUAAAUAUAUAACAGUAUUAGCUAUAGUCACCAUGCUGUACAGCAGAUCUCCAGAACUUAUUCAUCAUGCAUACCUAUGACUUUGUAUUCUUUGAUAAACAUCUCCUCACUUCCCCUGCUCCCCAGCCCUUGGCAACCACAUUCUACUCCCUGGUUCUAUGAGUUUGACUUUUUAAGAUUUUACAAAUGAGUGAGAUCAUUAGAGUAUUUGUCUUUCUGUGCCUCUUUGAUUUCGCUUAGCAUUAUCCCUUCUAUGUUAAUACAUGUCACAAAUAACAUUUCCUUUUUAACGCUAAA